CCCCUCCAGCUCUAGCGAAGUCAUUUUCUCCAUCCAGAAUCUAUCUAUUUCUUUUCAGCCUUUCGCUAUGUCUAGUCCCUGGCAGAGAUCAAGUGGCACCUACUACAGCCGCAGAGGAGGAUACAAUGCUGCGCCGUUGUGGAGAAGAUGGAAAACAAAGAUCCCGCGAUCCCCAUCUCCUGAGCUAGGGCAGGUCUUGACUAAGAUCUAUCGAAAAGACUUGAUAGAAUCGACAGCUGACAUUGAAGGUCCUCUGCAAAUCACGAACUGCCAGGACGUUGCAUCUUACAACUGGUUGAACAGGGGGAGCCCGACAAUACUAGUUCCAGGAGCCCCCGCGGAAUGGAAACCUCCUUCGCAGACUAUACAGCUUCAGGAAGACAGUGGACAAUACUUCCGGGACCCUAACGCGGCCCGUUAUCCUUCGUACCCAAUGCAGCCAGCCGUCGAAGCUGUCUUCAUGGAACAUCCAAAUUUUCCAACAGCGAGUAUUGACAUCGUUGCGUGCGGGAGCACUCUGGGCAACCUACUCCGAUUUGUUCGACGUACAGGGGGCAAAUUCAGGUUCAUCGUUGAAGUGGUCGGCUCCACUGUCUUCUUCGUCCGACGAGAAAACACGCCCACGGAGUUAAUCCCGAACGUCUUUGGCUAUGGACACGCAUUCCCCGAAGCAUAUACCAUGUGGACAGAGGAGACCAAGGGGUCCGGAUCCCACCAGCGUAUAGUGCGGUAUAACUUUGCAGGGUUGGACUGUCUGGUACGAUUCCAGUCGGAUGGCUUUUUCCCUGAUCGUAUCCCCAAGGAUGACAAGGAACCCGAUGAGUCCAAGGGCAACAACGAUUCAAACGACGACCUGAGUGCUAUCUUCUCUGGACUGGAUGUAAGCGAAAUCAACACCACGGUUCCCGCUCAGGAUAACAAACUGGACAUCCUCGCCGGCGGGAAGCGAAUACCGUCGAGCGCAGUGUUCGACCUUAAAACGCGAGCCAUCGGUAAGAAACAUAUAGACACUCUUGGCCAGGAAAUACAGCGGCUUUGGAUAGCACAGAUCCCGCAUUUCGUUCUUGCGUUUCACGACCGCGGAUUGUUCGAUAAAAACGAAAUUCACAUCAAGGACGUGCGCGAGGACGUCAUGGCCUGGGAAAAGGAUCACCAAGAGAGCUUGCUCAAAUUCGCAGUCUUGCUACAGAAAAUACUUGCCCUCGUGCGGAGCUUACCCGAUACCCGACUAGAAAUCUACCGCGAGUCAGCGGAAGGACCCCUGGAACUGCGGCAGGCCUGCGAAGACGUUCAACCAGCGCUGCCGGAGGAUCUAGCAAACCGGUGGAUCCUGGGGACGCAGGCGAACGAGCACGUGAACGAGCACGAGCACCAUUUCAGCCCUGAAGAUGAACAGGAAAUAUCAUUAAUCGAGUGGUCGGACUCAGACGAGAGCUCGGUCAAAGAUUUGACCGCUUGCUCGGCGGAUUGUGGCUACUGCGGUCAUUGCGGUUAUUAA